CCGGAAGUAAGGUUCAAGAAAGAGACUGAAAGUGAAAAUAAAUAAAGCGACCUUUUAACAGCUCAGUUUUUAUUACCUUGUCACCAGUCAUGGUGAGCAAAACCCCGAAGCCAAUGAUGACUCGAAAAUCAGCAUCAGAACUAAAAAACAAGAGGCCAAAGAGAAAUAUAUCACCCAAAAAUAUGGAUGAUUCUGUGUCUGGCUUGUCUUGGAAAGAGGAACGGGAACUGAAGAAGGCUCUCUAUGCAUCACUGCAGGAGGCACGGCGUAGCUCCCGGGAUGAACCAGGAGAGGAUGAAGCAGAUUCCCCGGCAGUGUCGAAGGAUGGACUGUCCUAUAGCCAGAGCAGAACCAGUUUGUCAUCAAUGGGUGAAUCAAAGUUCUUAGAUGAAAGCAGUGUUGAUUCCUUCGUUGAGAAAUCAGUAUCGCCAAAACCCAGUGAAGUGAAGAAGGCUAAAUUCCAUGCCCAAAGAAAGUUUGCAGUUAACUCAUUCAAGCCCAUUCAUUCGGAGCCUGUUAGCUCAAGCUUGAAUGGGUCGGGACUUUUAAGUUCGUCCGAGGCGCGGAAGAUCCACGCCCAGCGGAAAUUUGCGGCUGGUAUAAGCCCGUCUUUUUCCUCGGAACCCCCCAGUAAGCCCAAGUUGAAGAUUUCACCAGUAAAACUACUUCCUGUUCGACCCAAAACUGAGGACUUUCUUACCUAUCUCUGCUUCAGAGGUACCUCAGUAUUGCCAGCACACCUGGAUGUUAUGAACGUGAAGAAGGACGAUGGUGAAGUGAACGGGAGAGCUGGAGAAGGAAACGGGAGAACAAGCUUCACACGGGAGAGUUCUCCUGCCUCCAGUAGCAGCCUGAGUCACCAGAACGAGGAUAGUAUGGAUGUACCCGAAUUCACAAAUAAGCAGCAGACACCAAAUAGAAAAGCAGCCCGCGCCUCUGCCAGUACACCUGAAACAGCGCGUGGAUUUGCAAACAUGGGACGCAAGAAGAACCGCUCUGGGUCAAAACUCUCUCCAGGAAGCAGAAAGAGACUCGUAGAUGCCUAUGGUCCCGUUGGUAAAAUGUCAGGAAAGUCUCGCAGCCCUGGGAAACACAACGUGGCAGAUCGACUGGCAUUAAAACGCAAAGCAAUGGCAACAUUGUCAGCGGCCAGGAAAAAGUCGCCAAGUAAGCAGAACGAGAGCGGAAAAAAGCUGAAAUCUUCAGUAUCAGAUGGCGAAUUAAUUAAGAGAAAGGCAUAUGGACUCGAUUCCCCAUCCAAAGUAAAAAAGCGACUGAACAUUGAAGACAGGGGUGGGGAAGUCAGGAAACGUAAAUCCAUGGGAGAUGUAAAACAGAAAGAUGACACCCCGGAGAAAAAAAUGAAGCUCGCUAAACAGAGCAAGCAAGUCAAAACUCUUUUAAAACGAAGGUCAUCAGAAUCAAAGUCCAAAAAAUUGAAAAGUGAGAGAUUUGAUUUGCACCCAAGGAAAAAAUUAGCCACUAGUGUACAAAUGAAGUCUAAGAAAACUUUUAAACCGCACAGGCCCAUGACAAGAGCUGCCACUCAUUUUAAAUCUGUUCUAAAAGCAGCUAAAAUGGCUGCCAGUAAAAAGUUGAAACUCAAGGUAAAGGCAACACCAAAAGCUUCGUCGUCGAAAGAACGUUCUGCUUUGUCAAAAAUUGUAGAAAGGAAAAGGAAAUCGAGUCACACAGAUAAAGAAAAGAAGAAGCUGUCUCUGGAGUCAAAUAUCUCAAAGGCAUCUUUUGGCAGUGAAGCAUCUGGGGAGAUUCGUAUAAAGACAGAGAGAUUCCCAGGUGCGAGUGACGUAGCAGGGAUUGUGCAGUGUCCCACGUAUUACCCAUCGGAGGAACAGUUCAGGGAUCCCAUUGUCUACAUACAGAGUAUUCAGUCUGAGGCUGAACAGUACGGCAUGUGCAAGAUUGUUCCCCCUUGUAGCUGGAAGAUGGAGAGCAGGGAGCUUGAAGAUUUCCGCUUCACCACCUACAUACAGUACAUACACAAGUUGCUACAUAAGUGGAGUCCUAUCACCCAGCAGCUUAAGUACAUAAAGCGUCUGCACGAGGACACAAUCCGUGAGAAGUUCCAGGUGCCGCAGAUUGGGGGCAUUGAGCUUGACCUUGUUAAACUCUACGAGCUUGUGCACAAGUACGGGGGUAUGAAGGGAACUGUGGGUAAGGAGAAAAAGUGGAUGAAGAUUGCAGACGCCAUGAGGAUCCCGAAACAGGCUGACCGUGUAUCAAAGCUGUAUGAUGCUUACUGCAAAUACCUACUGGCUUAUGAGACACUGUCUGAGGAGGAAACUGACCAGCUCAUGGAUAAAGUGCAGGCUGAACGCAGAAAACAGGAACAGACAUCCGGAUCUCCACAGUGCUACAAGUGUGUUUACAAGGGUCGGUCACAGCUGCUGUCAGGGUUCAACAGAGCGUCACGGAACAUGCAGUCACUGUAUGGGGAUUCCCUUGACCAGGAAGAACUUGAGUCAAACUACUGGGAAAUAGUAAACCAGUCUGAUGACCAUGUGUCAGUGCAGGGUGCCAGUCUAGACACCAGUAUUUAUGGCAGCAUGUUUCCUGUUCGUAGAGAUAACCCUUAUGCAAGGCAUGGCUGGAAUUUACACAACUUUGUGGAGAGCAAGGGGUCAAUUCUACACCACCUGGGGCUUAUUGCUGGAGUGACGGUGCCCACUCUACAUGCCAGCAUGUUGUACACCAGUAAAUGUCUCUCGUGUAAUGAACACAACCUUCCCACAGUGCAAUAUCUUCACCAGGGCGAUGAAAUUGUCUGGUACUCUGUUCCAAGCCACGAGACAGAUCAUCUACGGGCAGUGCUGCGGAAACUGGCCCCAAAUCAUACUAGAGAUAGUGGCUUCUGUCUUCAACAUGGCUCACUCAUGGUGCCUCCAGCCAAACUGGUAGAGAAGGGAAUCUCUCUGAGUCGCUGUGUUCAGUCACCCCGAGAGUUCGUGGUUGUAUUUCCUGCCGUAAACUACUGUAACGUCAGCUUCGGGUACAACCUGUCGGAGAGCGUCCAUUACGGCACACAAGACUGGAUUCCGGAGGGAUUUCAGGCCGCCAAGUGGCUAGGUGCAAACCAUGAUUCAGAGAUGUUUUCAAUGGAUGCCUUGCUAGUAUUUCUUGCGCGUGAUCCUACAACUCCAGAUACUACACUGGCCCUGCUGCUGCCUUUCUUAGAGCGAGUUGUGGACAGAGAGAUAAAGGAGAGACGAGAAUUAUCGGAGGCUGGCUUGAAGGAAUCGGAGCAGUUGAAGGAGAAAAAUCCUGCUAAACACUCGCCUAAAGCUGACGUGCUUGAGGAAAUCGUGAUCUGUGACGUCUCUAACAAGAUAUGCUAUCUGUCCAUGGUUCUGAACUCCCAUGAAAACAGCGCGUUCUCCCUAGAUCAGGGACUGAGCCACAUACAGAAGAAGAAAAACCUGAAACACUGCAAACUCAUGUACAGGUUCUCAGAGGAUGAGUUACGCCAGCUGGUCCGUGAAGUGAAGAGUCGACUAAGGGGAAGUAAUACCUCCAGUCCUGCGUCAGCAAGUCCCAAACGCAAGACCCGUAAAUCUGCCUCUGACGGGAAAUCAUCUCCAGGCUCGUCAAAUAUUUCUUGAGAAGUGGAUAUAAUCUCAAUAUGUAAAAAUGGAUUCUGAGCUUGCUUAGUACUUGUUGGAAAGUGGUGAGAAUCUCGUAUCUGUGUAAAUAGACUCCCAAAACUAAAUAGACUCCCAAAACUGCUUUUUACACAUUAAUACAAUAUCAAAUUCAUCUGCAAGAUCUCAGUGUAAAAUGGAGAGACUUCAAGUGUGAUUAGGUGUGUACAAGUUUGUCAAAGGCCUGCAGAAAAACUUUGAAGCUUGACUGACAUAACUUGUAUAAAGCUAUUGUUUUUGGUUCUGAUUGUGCGAAGAGCCAUAUCUUUUGUGUGCAUCCUCUAUAGAUCAUUUAAGAUAAAUGAAAAAGUAAGUGAAUUUCUGCUUCCAAUGCAAUAUCUCACCAAUGUGUUAACAAACUUAAAAGGAAAUAUAGUUAAUGAAAUAUUUGUUUAGUAUUUAACUAUUUUCAUUUAUAUAUACACAAGUUAGCAGUAUUGUGUCCUAUAUGAUAAUUUUUAAAUCUAAAGAAAUCUUGCACCAUGUAUGUGAUAUUUUCAUAUAAUAAUUAUUGAUGUCUAAAAAUAAUGUACACAUUUUGCCACUUAAAUGGCAAUAAAUGUCCAUUGUAUGUUGUUGUUAAUAAAUGAUUAUCGUGAAUUGUUGAUGUAUUUCUUUAACGUGGCGUUUUUCUCUAGCAUGUUGUUCAAAGCAAUUAGUGAGACUGUUUAGGUGUUAAUUGUGACAUUUAAAUUGCUUUUUUCUUGGCUAUUAAAUGUUGUUAAAAGCAG